AAAAUAAAUAAAUAAAAGGUAGCCGGCUCGAGGCUCGGCCCGGCUCGAGGCCUGGCUCGGCCCAGCCCGGCCUGGCCGGAGUCCAUGCCUACGCUUAGGUCUUGUCUAUUCCUCGUCUUACUUCAUUGUCACCUCUUAGUCCUCCAUUGUCUUCUCCAUAACCUCUCUUUACUUAUUAGCGGGUAUCACAGUCUGUAUCUAGUGAGGAUGUCUCUAAUAAUGACUUGCUGAUUCAUCUCCUGCUCCAUCUCCUUCACCUACUUUGACCCAACAUGAGGCAUCAAUUCAACUUGAUUUGAACUCGAAAAGGGAGCCCUAGGGAUGGACCGAACCGGGCAGGCCCGGCCCUGAACCGGCCCGGCCCGCCACUGUGCGGGCCUGGCCCGGCCCGGACAAGGCUAUAGAACCGAAACAACAAUUUCAAGAGGUUAGUAAUUUAUUAUAUCAAUUAUUUAAUGAGUUUCAUGCACAAUAUGGUAACGCACCCCCUCCCCUGCCACGAACAUCUUCUUCAUCUAAAGGAAAAUCAAUUUUGAAAUCUGCAUUUGGCAAUCUUAUGAAAAAAAGUAAAUCAACUCCGGUUAAUGAACAAAGCUCGAUCAACGAGCUUUCUUUGUAUCUAACAUUUCAUGUUGAGUAUGAAGAAGGGAAUGACUUUGAUGAUCUUCAGUGGUGGAAGGAAAAAGAGAGAACGUUCCCAAUCUUAUCAAAGAUGGCUAUGCAAGUGCUAGCAAUGCCCGUAUCAACAGUUGCUGUGGAACAAGAGUUUAGUGCGGCCGGCAACGUCCUAACGGAUUAUAGAACGAGAUUGAGCGCAAACUCUCUUGAGACGCUUGUUUGCUUCCACGAUUGGUUGAAGGUCAAACGUAGAACUCAAGAAAUUAGCAUUGAACCCACCCGCCACUUUAUGGAAGAAACAACUGAAGAUGGCGGAAAUUCUGAUUGAUUCUUAUUUAUUAAAAAGUGUAUUUCAUGUUGUAAUUUUUGCUCAAUUUCCAAUUGUACUACAUAUUUCAAAUUAAUACAGUUUAAAUUUUUUAUGUCCAA